GUGCGCUGGGCAGAGUGCAGGGACGGUGGCCGUGCAACGCCGAGCACCGACGGCUUUCUAGUCUGGUAUUUUAGAGUCCGUAGACAAGAUGGAAUCAACUCCAUUUAACAGACGACAGUGGACUUCCCUGUCAUUGAGAGUAACAGCCAAAGAACUUUCUCUUGUCAACAAGAAUAAGUCAUCGGCGAUUGUGGAAAUAUUCUCCAAGUACCAGAAAGCAGCUGAGGAGUCAAACACGGAAAAGAAGAGAAAUAACACGGAGAAUCUCCCCCAGCACUUCAGAAGAGGGACCCUGUCUGUGUUAAAGAAGAAGUGGGAGAACCCAGUGGCUGGGGCAGAGUCCCACAUAGACACACUGCCAAGCAGCAGCCGUGAGGCCGGGCACAGUGUGGACCACCCUCCCACCAAAGUGACGGAGGGCUCUGCUUCUGGAGCCAGGGCAGACCAGGAAGAGCAAACCCAGGCCAAACCUAGAUUUGGAUCUCGUCAGGAAGCCGUUACUCAGUGUCGGUAUCCCUGCACAGAGGACAGCCUGGAUCUUAAAGCCCAGGCCACAGAAAGUCAAAAAAUGGAAAAUUGUCUGGGAGAUUUCAGGCAUGAAGUGGAGAAAUCUGAAAUGAGUGGAAACACAGAAGCUUCCGACAAAAUAGAGAAAUACAAUGUUCCACUGAACAGACUAAAGAUGAUGUUUGAGAAAGGCGAACACACUCAAGCCAAGAGUCUCUGGACCCAAAGCCGAAAUGCAGGUGGAAGGCGGACCUCUGAAAACAGCUGUUCCCUGGAUGACUUGGAAAUAAGUCAUCUGUCAUCCUCCCCACUCAGCUUGGAGAAGAAUGAGAGUGAGCAGCGGAGUGUGGGGCUCCCACGCCUCUCGGAAACCUCCGUAAAGGAUCGCAUGGCCAAGUACCAGGCUGCGGUGUCCAAGCAGAGCAGCUCAGCCAGCCACGCAAAAGAGUUGAAAGCCGGUGGUGGUGAGGUCAAAACUCAUAAAUUGGAACAAAAGGAGAAUGUGCCCCCAGGACCUGAGGUCUGCAUCUCCCAUCAGGAAGGAAGAAAGGUUUCUGCAACUGAGAAUAGCCUGGCGGCCCAUUCUAGCCCUGCUGAAGAUGAUGCUUGUGACCCCUGGGGGAAGAGUGAGGUCCAGCAGCCUGUGCACCCUAAGCCCCUGAGUCCUGACGCCAGAACCUCCAGUCUUCCGGAAAGUUCUCCUUCCAAAACAGUGAAGAAGUUUCAGGCACCUGCCAAAGAGAUCUGCGUGGAGUGCCAGAAGACCGUGUACCCCAUGGAACGUCUCCUGGCCAACCAGCAGGUGUUUCACAUCAGCUGUUUCCGCUGCUCCUACUGCAACAACAAGCUUAGUCUAGGGACAUAUGCAUCAUUACAUGGAAGAAUCUAUUGUAAGCCUCACUUCAAUCAACUCUUUAAGUCUAAGGGCAAUUACGACGAGGGCUUUGGGCACAGACCACAUAAGGAUCUUUGGGCAAGUAAAAGUGAAAAGGAAGAACCCCUAGAGAGACCAGCCCAGCCUCCAAGUGCAGGGGAGACCCCCCAUAGCCCCGGGGUAGAAGAUGCACCCAUCGCCAAGGUGGGUGUCCUGGCUGCAAGUAUGGAAGCCAAGGCCUCUUCUCAGAGGGAGAAGGAAGAUAAGCCAGCUGAGACCAAGAAGCUGAGGAUCGCCUGGCCGCCCCCAGCCGAGCUUGGCAGUUCGGGAAGUACCAUGGAGGAAGGGUUCAAAGUCUCUAAGCCCAAGUGGCCUCCUGAGGACGAAACCAGCAAGACAGAGGCUCCCGAGGAUGUAGAUCUGGACCUGAAGAAGCUGAGGCGAUCUUCCUCACUGAAGGAGAGGAGCCGACCGUUCACUGUAGCGGCUUCAUUUCGAACCUCUUCCAUCAAGAAUCCCAAGAUGACGUCACCUCUCAGGAAAGGGUGGAGCAUGUCGGAGCAGAGUGAGGAGACUGGAGGAGGGAUGGAAACAGAGAGAAAACUAAUGGAGAAUGCCAAAGCCUCUGGGAAGAAUGGGAGCGUGGGGAAAUCACAGAGGCAGAGCAAGGAUUCCACCAGGGACGAAGCCGUGAGGAGGAGCAAGGACAUUCACAGUUUGGAGCUGGAGAGUGAGAAUUUCGUAGAAAAUGGAGCAAACCUAGACGAAGAUGAUAGCAAUGACCUCGCGCAGCAGCAGUCUCCACUAGAACCCGCGUCUCCAAAUUGGUCUGGCUUUGUAGACACCACUCCUACUAAAGAAUUCACUACCCAGAAUCAAAAAUCUCAAGAUGUCGGGUUCUGGGAGGGGGACCUGGUCAGAGAGCUGUCUGUGGAGGAACAGAUCAAGAGAAACCGGUACUAUGACGACGACGAGGAUGAAGAGUGACAGAGCUUGCCGUGUGGGCGCCAUCGACUCCCGGCAAUGCUAGCUUGUCACUGCCCUUUAUCAAGUGUGCCCAGACAGGCACUUUGGCGCCAACUGUCAUUUAUGUGGGAGCAACAUUAGAAAUGAAUUCCUGCUACCAAAACAGAAAACAAGCAAAAGAGAAUCAGUUCUAAGUGCAUUAUUGAAACUCCAUUUUAAGCCUGGUGUGGUGGCACACACCUUUAAUCCCAGCACUCGGGAGGCAGAGA